AUGGCAACAAGGAAUCGAAGAAACAGUGAAAAUUCUGAUUGCAGCUUAGAGACAUCUAUAGACUCGGAUGAGUUUUUAUUCCGAGAGUGCUCACAUUCCAUUCUCUUGUUGAUGGGCCUGAAUAACUUAAGGACAGAGUAUGCGUUUUGUGAUGUCACUCUCUGUGUGGAUGGCCAGGAGUUCCUGUGUCACAGAGUAGUCUUGGCUUCCUUCAGUCCUUACUUCAAGGCAAUGUUUUCUGGAGAGUUGGCUGAGAGUAAACAAGAAAAAGUUUCAAUCAAUGGCGUGGAGGCAUCCAUGAUUGAGAUGCUUAUCAAGUAUGCGUAUACAUCUGAGAUUUGGAUCACAAAAACAAACGUGCAGUCAUUGUUGUCAGCUGCGAAUCUCUUAGAGAUACUUCCCGUUAGAGAUGCUUGCUGUCGUUUCAUGGAGAAACACAUGGACGCCUCUAACAGUAUCGGCAUCCAUUGCUUUGCCGAGGCUCACUCUUGUACCGAACUUCAAGAGAAAUCCAAGGUUCACGUGCUGGAAAAUUUCACUGAUGUGAUAAAGCAUGAGGAAUUUGUAAAACUUUCGCACAGCAAACUCGUAGAGUUCAUUAGCAACGAUGAGUUGAAUAUCAAACAGGAGGAAUGUGUGUUCGAUGCCAUCAUGGCCUGGUUCAAUGCAAAUCCUGAGAAUCGUAGACAGUAUUUUGAAGAAGUUUUCACUCAUAUUCGUCUUCCAUUAGUAAGUGCCUACUUUCUGCAUGAUUUUGUGGAGGUGCAGUCUGCUGUCAGACAGUCUGAAGUCUGCAGAAAGCUUGUGGAUGAGGCGAAAAAUUACCAGUUACUUCAAGACAGACGAGGUCAGCUUUACAGUCCUAGGACAAGACCCCGAAGGUCAACAGGAACAAUAGAAGUGAUAGUGGCUGUUGGCGGUGAAGAUGACAAAGUAGUGUUGAGGAGUGUUGAAAGUUAUGAUCCGCAGAAAGACCAGUGGAAAACCUUGGCCUGCUUACCAUUUGCAGUCAGUAAACAUGGACUUGUUGUCUCUGGAAAUAAUUUCAUGUACAUGUCUGGUGGUGAAUUCCCUGAUGGUUCUGCCAGUAAGGAUGUCUGGAGAUAUGACCCAUCGUUUGACCAUUGGUUAGAAAUGGCACCAAUGAAUGUUCCAAGAUCAGAACUGGGUUUAGCUAUUGUGGAUGGUUCCAUAUUUGCAGUGGGUGGCUGGGAAGGGUCCGCUAGACUAGAAUCGGUGGAAAAAUACGACACAUGGACUAAUAUAUGGAUGUUUGUGUCACCUAUGAAAAUAGCAGUUACUAGCCCAGCGGUGGUGGCUCAUGAAGGGCUACUCUACGUAACAGGUGGUGCGGUGUUAGAGGACGGUGAUGGUAUCGAUCUAGUUCAGUGUUACAAUCCUAAAACAGAUCGUUGGAAAGAAUUAUCAGCAAUGCUCAUACCUAGAUCGGGAUCAGCGGCAUGCGUACUUAAUGAUCAUAUUUACAUAAUUGGAGGCUGGCAUGCUUCAACCGAGAAUACCAACAAAGUAGAAAGGUACGACCCUAAAAAGAAUGAGUGGGAGAUAAAAGCACCGAUGCAUGAGAGACGAUACAGACCUGGUGUCGCCGUAAUUGAUGGUAAAAUAUAUGUGCUAGGAGGCGAAGAAGGAUGGGACAGACAUCACGACACCAUAGAAUGUUACGAUGAAAGCAAAGACUGUUGGGAAAUAGUCGGCGAGAUGCCAAGCAGUCGGAGCUGGCUGAGUUGUGUAGCUAUGCAAACCAGGAAAGAUCUACCAAACAAAGACGCAAAGGUGACUUCAUGUAUUGUCUAACACCUGACAACAUCACAGAAUGUCAAGCAACACAAGCCACUAGAUUUCCAAAAGGUUUUGUCUGUCACCAUUCAACCUAUCCCAAGAGUACCCAAGAUUUUAGUAAUACAUGUCUGAAUUGAACUCUCUGUAAAACCUUACACCUAUUUAAACCAGACACAACUAUAGACUUGGUUGUAUAAAAUACCUGUAUGCGCCUAAAAACUAAAGCUAAAGAGGUACUGUAACGCUACAUGUCCCACCCAACAUGUAGGAAUGUUUGCAUGGCAACCAAUGCUGUUAGAAUGCAAGUGAGCAAUUUACAGGCUGGCUAAAUAUGUACACCACAUACAGCAUUGUGUCUGAUGAUAACAGUGUACCUUUUAGACAGGUUUUAAUGUAUUAACAUAUGAUGCAUUUAUACAUACAAGCUGAAAAAGAUGUUCAAAUUCACAUAGUAUUUACUGGUAUUAACAGGAGUAUUUAGAUCACAGACUUACUGUACCUGCCAUUUUGUUUCAAACACAGCAACCUUGCCAGCUAAUGUGCUGACUGGUUUGCCUUGCACAUUUCGAGACCCGUACAUUACUAGAACAGAUUAAGUCAAACCAACUUCAACAGGAGAUGUCAAACUAAUGGUAAAGGACUUAAUAGAUAAUCAUGGGUGUGAUUACCUUUUAAUUUAUUUCAUUUUGUAUAAAUUGCUAUAUGAUGAAUGGCAAAGUUACCCAAACAAAAUGUAUGUAGUGAUACCAGUACAGUCUGAAAUACAGUCGCUAAUUUGAGUCUAGUACAUGACUCAAUGCUGGUAAAUGCAUACAUGCAGGCAAAUGACACACCCUUAUAAAAUGGUUUGACCGAGCCAGUUAGCAACAUAGCAGACAAUCUUGCUGUUUUGAUAUGGCAGUCACAGUACCACAUUAAGUUCUAUACUUAAAUUUGUAUUAUCGGAUAUAUUUUGUUUGUAGUUUUUGACGUAUGAAGUAUCAUACAUCUGGCAGCUAUAGCAAUAGAAUUAAUUUGUCUGACAACGUUCGAUGCCUGUUAGGAACAUGUUUGAAUGUCUUCCGUAUUUGAAAAAUAUGAUUCAUAUUUCUAUCACAUUUGAACCCUUUCGUUUGUUUACAUCAGAUGCAGCAUGUUUUGCUGGUAUUUUGAGGUUUUUUAUAUUCCACUAAAUUAUGAUUACAUGCAGAAACAAAUUUUGGGUUAUUAUGAUAAUACCACUCGGGCAAUGUACAGGGUCAUAUUGACUUCCGCUAUGCCUUGGUUGAUAUGUUGGCCAAACUGCCGAAGUGCAUGUUUUGCGGUAUUCUCGUAAUAGCUUCAUAAUACAUGUAUGUGUCACACACCAAAUAAAUCAUUGCGAUGUAAGAUAUCGGGGCAGAAGUUGUUUGCAAAACAGCCGAACAUUACAUUGAGUUUUCAAAAUAUCAGAGUGUCUUCAAAUCUACAAGACACAUCAAAUUUUCUGACUGACAUUUCUAAUGCGGCUAAUCAAAAUUUUAUAAGAAGCAUUUCCGUAGGAGCACCCACCCCCACCUCUCGUCUUUUCUUCAACAUGUGCCUUUCUUUUAACUCGAUAUAGAAACUGAAAACAUCUGUUGCCAUUGUUUCAAAGCACACUUGGAACAUUGUUCUUCCUAUGUUGGUUUUGUAUAAAUAUUACAGCAGUGAUUUUAUGUCACAAUUAUGAUAAUAAAUCAAAAUACACAAAGUGGAAAACAUAAAACUAUGGACAAGGAUUAUCUUGCAGCUGAGUCCCUUUUAACAGUAAUAAUUUUCAGUAAUAUACCUCAAUAUUUGCUGUGCUAAAUAGACCAAUUUCUGUUCAUGGCAAGAUCAUGCGUUAUGUAUAAAAUAGAACAUAAAAACGGAAUGAAUAAAGGUCAGACGUUGGGGUUGAAGCCAGCCAAUAUGUGAAAAAUGCAGAAAAUUAACUUUUGUGUGAUUUAUAAUGUAUCUGUCACAUAGAGUGUACGUUUAUGUCAAGACUUACAAGUCAAACGAGCAAAUAUAUUCAGGUAUAUAACACGCAUAGUACCAUAUUUACUAUAUUAGUAGCACAUCCACUUAUGUAAAUGACAGAUGCGGCCAUUAUCAUAAUAAGUCACAAGCACUGAACUGUUAGGCAUUAUUUUCAACACUCUGUGACAAUAACCUCAUAGUUUCUAUGCUCAUAAACAAAUAUAUUGAACUGACUCUUUCUAAGCCACAAUUGAAAAAAAAAAGUACAGAAGCAAGUACUUCCUUCAUUAUUAGUAUUACAGAGUACA